AUGGCUUUGGUAGGUCAUUACUUGGUCAGCACAUCAACUCCCAUCACCGUGUUUCUGGCUUUUGUGACCAAGGUCCGCUACCCUUUCACAAGCAGCUCAUCAUUUCACAUCACAAUGAUAGGAGAAAGUUGCAGGAAGCUGGCAGAGAAAUACGGCAUCUCAAAAUCUACUGUUUCCAACAUCAACAGCAACAGAGCCGCAAUUACCGAUGCGUGGGAAAAGAAUUGUAAUGCACACAGAAAAAGACUACGAAAAACACCUCAUGAUGAACUAAAUGACAAAGUGUUAGAGUUAUUCCGGUGUAGUCGUGCAAAGAACAUUCCCAUUAGUGGCACACUUUUACAGGAGAAGGCUAGAGAAAUUGCAACUAGACUGCACACCGAAGAUUUCUCGGCGAGCAAUGGCUGGUUGGAUCGUUUCCGUAAACGAAAUAACAUAAGUCUGCACGUCCUUUCUGGCGAAUCAGCUUCUGCUGAUCUUCAAGCUGCUGAAGAUUGGAAACGCAAACUUCCAAGCCUUUUGUUGGGAUACGCAGAAGAGGACAUUUUCAACGCAGAUGCAUCUGGAUUAUUCUACCGUCAACUUCCAACGCGAUCCUUAAUAGAAAUGAGAGAGACAUGUAAAGGAGGGAAGAAAUCUAAGGAACGGAUUACUGUUUUGCUAUGUUGCAAUUCGCGAGGAGCGAAAUUAAAGCCAUUAGUUAUUGGAAAUGCUGCACGUCCUAGAGCUUUCAAAACGAACAAUGUGAAAUUGGACGACCUUCCCGUAAUUUUGUGUCACUACAAGAAGGCUUGGAUGACAUCUAACAAUUUUUCUGAGUGGUUGAACGAGGUCAACCUUAAAAUGAAGCGGGCUAAUCGGAAGAUAUUAUUGUUUGUCGACAACGCUACAAGCCACGUCAGUUCAAAUCUCUCAAACGUCAGUAUACAAUUUCUGCCGCCAAAUCUGACCAGCGAAGUGCAGCCACUAGAUAAGGGCAUUAUUCAAUCUGUGAAACUGCUCUACAGGAAGCAACUAAUGCAUUCACUAAUCAAUGCUGCAGAUAAGUGCAAAGACGUGACCGAAUUUUCAAGAAGCGUUACAGUCUUAGAUGCCAUUCGGUGGAUUCAUGGUGCCUGGGCAGAAGUUUCUCCUCAAACCAUUGCAAAGUGUUUCCGACAUGCAGGAUUUAUGGCAGAUUCCAUUGAGGAUGAAGAGGAAGGGAUGGAAGAAGACAGUUUUCAUGAAGAAAUAAACUGUCUUCCUGAGGAGAUCGCAACCAAAUUCCUGAUGUCCAAGCUCUUUCAACGUUCGACAACAUUCUAG